AUGAAAGAAUUAGUGGGAAGAUCGCGAAAUGAAAGAAAACUCGAUGGAAUUUACAAUAAACAAAGGGAUGCACUCCUGCACCAGUACAAAAAUCAGAGAGAAAGAAACAAUGACAUAUAUGCAAAUUUGAAUAAAAGGAAGGCCAAUGAGACUAUUCCCUUUCCAGAAAUUUACGAAAAAAAAAGAAAAACAGAUAAACACAAGUUGGUGGAUACCUCCAAACAGAGUAACCAAAAAGGAGGAGGCAAUGUGAAAGGGGAAAAACAAACCAAGGAACUGGACGAUGCAAAUGCAAAGAACAAACGAAGUAAUAACAGCAUUAGUCUUUAUAAAGGAAUCCACAUGAUUAUAUAUAGACAUAUAUUUUCAAAAACCAAGUUUGUUAAAAGUGUAACCUUAUUCAUAAAUCUCUGCAUUAAUUAUCUUAAUAAUGAAAAUAAAAAUGUUUUUUUUUUUGCCUUUGAUAAAAUAGUGAAGGUCUUCCUUCGAAAUUAUAUCCACGAUGAUGAUGGCAAGACAGCACCACAUAGCAUCUACACCGUUUAUAGUGAGGACGAGCUUCACAUAAAAUGCAUGGUAUCUCUCUUUGACAAGGUUAUUAACAGAAUUAUUGACAAUCGCUUCCAAAUAAAUGCGAAUGCUUCCGCUUCGGAGGAAGCCGCAAAUCAUGUUGGACACUCUGCCAACACGGAUGGUGCGACGGACGAGGCCCCCGAUGGUGACGGAGAGGAGAUGCCCAAGAGAGCGGCCCCCAAGGAAGAGGCCCCCAAGGAAGAGGCCCCCAAGAAAGAGACCCCCCAAGCAACGGAACAGCCAAACACCAUAGUUCUCACCAAACAGGAAAAAAAAUAUCUUAAGGCCCUUAAAAUUAGAGUGUACUACCUCAUCAUUUUGUACAAGCUUAAUGAUAAUUUUAUUUUCAAUAAAUUGAUUAGUAUAUAUAGACAGAUUUGGGAGGAGCUGCUGAAGGAGUAUGAGCAUUUUGAUGAGGCCGUGUGUCAGGAGAGGAGGAAGCCCGCGGCGGGGGCGGAGAACACCACAUCGGGUGAAGCGGACGCCGCGAUGGAUGGCACUACCACUUCCGGUGCUGUGAUGGAUGGCACUACCACUUCCGGUGCCGCGAUGGAUGGCACUACCACCUCCGAUGCCGCGAUGGAUGGCACUACCACAUCCGACACCGCGAUGAAUGGCACUACCACCGCCGAUACCGCGGACAGCGCAGACGAACUCGCGGAGGACGAGAAUUUCCUACAGCUCCAGGACAAGUGGACCCUACCGAACGACUUCGAACUGUUUAAGAUUAAACGAAGCGCAUUCGUUAAGUGUAUGUCGAAAGUGUUUAAUUUUAUCCAUGUGAAAUGGGCAAGCACCUUGGUGGAGAGUCUGCUGCUAGAUGUGUAUUUUAAAAAGCACAUUUUUGAUACAUGUGAUGAAUUAGUCAUCGAGAAGCUUCAGUCCGCAGCCAAAGGAACUAUGAACAAAAGAAAAACUCCUACUCAUUCUCCCCAUGUUUUAUCCAUAGGAGAAUCCCUAAAUCCGGUGGUGGACGCUCGGGCCGAGAAAAUCGUGUCUCUCCAUGGUUCGCACAGAAGUAACUUUUUUUCGACAAACGAGGAAGCAUCCGGUGCCGCCUACCGCCUCGGUUUGAUCUCCCCAGUUUUGUGGCCGCGCCGUCCGGCCGAAUUUGUGCAUCUUUCCGCCACGCUGGAAGGUGCCAGCCUAUUUUUUAACGUCAACAUAGCGGCCAAGUUAGCGGCCAAUUUAACGGCCAAUUUAACGGCCAACUUAACGGCCAAUUUAAUAGCCAAUUUAUCGGCCCAUUUAAUGGCCAUUUUUAACCCCAUUUGA